UUUUGUGAGUGUCGUUAAAUUUUCAUUUUCAUCUCUUCUGCUCUCUCAGCUUCUCCCUUUCGCAAACCCUAUCUCAACCUCUGUGUCUCCCUGUUUCUUCUCCAUACUAAUCCCUCUCUCUCCUAAUAUUUUUAUAAUCUAAAUCUUUUGCAGGUUUAGAUUUUGGAUCUGCUAUCGCGUAUAGAUUCCCCCUCUUUCUGGUUGUUUUCCGAGAAAAAAAGUCUUUGAAAAGGAAAACGUAUCGAGGAGAGUCUUAACUUUCCAACGGUAUGGAACCAGAGAAAAGCAAUAAAGAUGCUGAAAAUGUUGCAGAAGCAUCGUCUAAGUUACUAUCAUCUGAAAAAAGCAAUGUGGAAGCGGAGAAUCGUGGACAAAUGCCAAUUCAAGGAGAAUCAUCUAGAAAAGAAACCCCCAAGUCACUAAAGGCAAAAUCUAAUGUGAAAAAGAAGUAUUUGGCUAGCAGCUCUUUUAAGGCCAAUAAAGGUAAUCGACGAAGAAACAGGAGGAGGAAGAAUAAGAGUGUUGUGCAGGAGAACAAGGAAAGCAACAAAAAUAGAAACAUGAAUGAUCAGAACCAGUACUCAGAAGUAGGGAGUUUACAACAGGAUGGUGCCAAUGGAGAAAACACUGGAAGGGGGACAGAGACUCAAAAGAGCCGAGAAAAGAUUGCUGGUUCAAGUAGUGGGCAACAUAGCCAAAGGAGUGAAGAAAAGCAUGGUGGUGCUGAUAAGAGCUCCAGGAGUGCAAAGAAUAAAGAAAAGCUUGAUGUGAAGGAAAAGAAUCAAGGAGAUGAAAAAAAGACAGAGAAGCUUGGUGGUUUGAUCUUUAUGUGCAAUGCAAAGACCAAACCAGAUUGUUUCCGGUAUCGGGUCAUGGGUGUACCAGCAAGUAAAAAAGAUCUUGUGCUGGGUGUGAAACCUGGACUUAAGCUUUUCCUGUAUGAUUUCGAUCUCAAACUUAUGUAUGGAAUCUACAAAGCAUCAUCUGCUGGUGGGACGAGAUUGGAGCCAAAGGCUUUUGGUGGGUCCUUUCCAAUUCAGGUCCGAUUCAGUAUCCAUAAGGAUUGUUUUCCAAUCCCUGAGAGUGUCUUCAAGAAGGCCAUACAGGACAAUUAUGAUGAAAAGAACAAGUUCAAAAUAGAACUUACUGUUCGACAAGUUAGGAAGCUCAGUGAACUUUUCCGACCUGCCGUGUUCCAGUCAGUGCCAUCAGCUGCACUACCUGUCCAUUCCCCUUCAAUGGCCACUAUUCAGAAUAGGGAAGUCUAUGUGGGCAUAAGAGAGUUGCGGCCCCAUUCAGACAGGGAAACAUUUGCCAGAGUCGAUGGUAAUGGUAGGAGUUAUCCUGAAAGAGAUCAGCAUAUUGAGCAUAGGGAAAUGGUGUCAACAUAUCGAGAGGAAGCUCCUCGUGACUUGUACAUGAGUGAAAAGGAGUAUCGCACUUAUGGUCUUCAAAGAGAGAGAAGAAACUUGUCCCCUCCACACAAUGCUGCUGCUUCUCUAGUCCCGUACAGUAGGGAUCUGGAAGGAGAGCACCUACUGAGACAGCCAGCUGCUUUGUACAACAAUGAAAAUAUUCCUUUGCAUAGAGAAUCGUUUCUUGCUGAUCCUGGGAAUUUGAGUCAGAGAGAGUUUCAUACCUACAAUCUUGGUGGUAGAAGUGAAUUGCCACCUGCAGGAGCAUCUAGUUCUACUGUUCCUGCAUUGGACUCCUAUUCAAAGGAUCCAUAUUAUUCUUACCGAUAUGGUGCUCUGUCUUUAGAUCCAUAUCUUCCGCCUCCAAGGAGGGAGGAAGCUUUGUCAGGUGCCUAUCAUGUUGAUGGUAGGAGGGAGACUUACUUAGCUGAUGCUGAUCCCUUGCGAAGGAGAGCUACUGAUGAAAUGGAUAAUUUGUACUUGAAGUAUGCUGUUGAGCCACUAUCAGAUUAUGACCAGGCACACCAAGCAGCCAAACCAGAAACUUUGUCUCGACCUGUUUCAUCUCGAUAUGCAUUUGCUGGUUCAUCCAUGUCAUAUCGCUGAAGUUCUGUAGAUCUGCGUACGCUACCAUUUUGUUUUGAUGCCCAUGGGGACGCAUAUGACAAAAAGUUCAAUUAUGGACUGAAUUUAUUUUCCAGUGCUAGCAUUAUCUACGAGCUAUGCUCUUUAGUUCUUGCUUUUGUAUUAUGAUCAACAAUUGUCAGUCAAUUAAAUCACUUCUGGGAAGUGGCAGGGUUUUCUAAUGCUUGAAGGAAAUGCCUGCAGUAUCGCUUUUCCAU